UCAAGGUCGUAGAAGGUUGCUCCUCUAAACUAAAUAAUUAUCCUAUUUUAUUCUUCGUGUUUCAAUGGAGAAACAUAUUUCAUAGUAUGUGUAUUAUCCGUUAUAUUGUCCUAUACAAAGUAAUCGGAAUCUAAAUUUAUAUGCUACAAGAUUUUUUUCUACUAUUUGAUACAUUUUGACUUUUCAAAACAGAAUCGAUGGAAUAAUGAUAUCGACAUUUCAAUAACUCAGUGGCAAUACGAAGAAUCCAUGACAAAUGAUUAUUAUAUACUAUGUCCGCCAUUGUAUGAAUUUAAAAGACCGAUCGAAAAUAAAUAUAUUGAUAUCGAGUUUCAUGAAGCUGUAUAUCCAAUCAGAGUUUCUAUAUACGAAAUGUACAGGUACAGACCUGAUGGAAACGUAAUUCAAAUUUCGGCUCAAGAUGAUUCUAAUAAUGAGUGGUAUAAAUUGUGGGAAAUUGAUUCUAAAAAUCUCAAUUCUGAGAUUGAUUCUAAUAAUAGGUUUGAAUGGGGGAAAACUGAUGUUACAUGGAUUGUACCCCCGACAUCAAGAUUAUUUUCUCCACCCUUAUCACACCCGCGUGACUUUAAAACGAAAAUGCUAAGAAUAUUUUUUGAAGACAGUUCCUUUGAAAUGUCUCAUCUUUACACAAAGCUAGAUGCUGUGAUGCUUAUCGGUACAUCAGAGUUGGUUCGUCCUAGAAAAUAUCAGAAGAGUUUAACUAAUCUGUUAAAGGAAAUUAACUGCAUGUACUUUCCACACCAUGAGGAUAUUCAUAAUUUAACAGCAGAUUUCAAAAAUGCACACUUGGAUAUAGAUUAUCUGCAACGACAUUUUUCUGAAUAUUGCAUUAUAAUGGAAUAUUGUAGGGAUGGAAGCUACAUAAGAAGGGUUUCUAAGGAGAGUAUUUUGAGAGAGAAUUUGAUGCACAAAAAUGUAUCUCUGGAGGUAAUUCAUCAUUCGAAUUGUGCAAAACCUAUAAAACUCUCUUCGGAUGAAUCCAAGGAGCUGUCACGUCACAAUAUAUCUGAGCUUCCUGAUGAAAUACUACUAAUAAUAUUAAAAAACUUGGAUCUGAUGACGUUAUGCCGCUUGAAUUAUGUAAACAGACGCUUCAAUGGUUUAAUACGAGACCCUCAUCUUUAUACACGUUUGAAUAUACACUAUCCAGCUGCCGCAGAGUAUAUUCCCCAAAAUAUCGCAAGACGCGAUAUGAGCAAUAUAUUAUGUUACUUUACAUCUAGAUGUAAAUAUUUGCAGCAGUUAGAUCUUACAGAAAGCACGUUUGAUGUUGCGGAUUUUACAAACUUUCUUGACAAUUGUGGCAGGCGUUUAACGCACUUAAGAUUAGGAUUCUGCAACAAUUCUGUCAAUAAUCUUGUCCUACUUAAAAUUUCAGAGAUAUGUGUAAAUUUGAAAGAAUUGAAUCUAGACGAUUGUCGUGGCAUAGACGACGAAGGAUUUUCGUAUCUAGAGAAAUUAAAUGGUUUGGAACAUUUAAGUCUUUAUGAUACAUGUAUAAAAGAUGAAUGCCUUUAUAAAAUACUGCAAAAAAAUCAACGAAUGCGUGAGUUCAAUAUUGGAGGUCCAUAUAUAACAGACUGUGUAACACAGUUUAUAAAAUUGUGUCCUAACUUGGAAGUAAUACGUUUACAGCACAUUGAUCUUCCAGGAUUUAACGAUAUUAACGUUUCGCAGUAUAUUAACGUUCUCGCUAACUGUAAGAAUUUACGAAAAGCGUACCUUCCCACGUAAGUGUGUACUUUUUAAUUUUUUUUCUUUAAUACAUGUUUACUAUAUUUUUGAUUGAAAUUUGUGUUUGCUUCUUUUGCAUUUUGAGGAUCUUGAGAAAGUUACAUUAA